GGUUAAGUAUCCAAUGAGUCACAUUCACUUUCCGUUCGCACUGUUAAACUCGAUGUGAGUGAGACUCAUGAUGUUCAUUAUUUAUUAUGCGAGUAAGUGUCUAAGUUUUAUGGGAAUGUUUUAAUUCGUCACAUGAGUCUCUUGCUCGGACAAGAUCAACGUCGGUAGCAUCGUUGAUAAUGAAUUAAUGAGAUAAACACCAUGAGCUAUGUAAAUGAGGCUGGGAAUGAUCGUAAUGGCAAAAAUAGUGCUAACGCUUGCAUUAGUUCUAUCAGUUCUAUGCAGUCUCCAUGCAAUCGACUUUGGCGAUUUAGCUAAGAAAACUAGCGAUAUUGCAAAGGUAGCAACGAAAACCACUAAAAGUGUUGUGGAGAAAGCGCCAGAAAUAUUCUCACCAGAGCAAUUGCUUGAUUUUGGCAAACAAUCAAUCGCUGGGGUUCCACUGGAAGCAUUGGCUGCCACCAUUAAUAAAAUAUGUUCCAUAGCAGUAUCAUCUAAUGCAACCCAAUCGGAGGACUCUGUCAAUAUCACGGAAAUAAACUAUGUACUUAUGACUGAUGACGACAACGUGACUAUUCCUUUGCUUGAAUCCGACUUUCUUUGGAGCAAUCCGUUGUUCAAAGAACAUCUAAACACGACCAUACUGGUAACCGGAUGGACUUCCAAUAUCAACGGCUCGAACCGGGCAAUCGACACACUCUUCAACGCUUACAAAGCCAGAGGGGGCUAUAAUUUUGUCGUCAUUGACACCUCCGAUUACGUUGAUACUUUGUACAGUUGGUCAGCCUUCAAUACGAACGAUCUUGGUAAGGCUCUGGCAGAGGGAUUGAAAGAGCUUAUUGAGUAUGUACCACUGGAGAAUAUACAUCUGAUUGGUCACAGCCUCGGGGCACACAUUGUUGGUACCGCGGGAAGACAUUUCCAAUAUCUGACAAAUCUUUCACUACCGAGGAUCACCGGUUUGGAUCCGGCGAAUCCCUGUUUCAACGAAGGUGAAGCUCUCGGUGGCAUUUAUCGUGGCGAUGCGGACUUCGUUGAUAUCAUUCACAGCAAUGCGAAGGUUCUCGGUAAGCGCGAUCCAAUUGGCGAUGUGGAUUUCUAUCCUAAUGGGGUAGUCUCGGUUCAACCGGGUUGUUUGAAUCCAUCGUGUUCGCAUGCUCGCGCAUGGGAGUUGUAUGCUGAAACGGUUUACCCAGGGAAUGAGAACCAUAUGCUAGCGAUCAAAUGUAACUCUGUCUUAUCACUGGAUACUGGGGCUUGUCCGGGAAAAGCCAUACCAAUGGGGUUCGCUUGCCCUAGGACCGCUAAGGGGAAUUAUUUUUUGAAGACGAAUGAUAAGUUUCCAUUCGGGAAGAAUUUAUCUUAAAAUUUACAUAGUGAAUGUAGAGGUACAUUCGGAAUAAUAUAAUAUUAACAUCCACCAAUUAUCGUUAAUUGAAGGUAGCGUGCCGAUUGAAUAAGUGAAUGUGAUAAAAUUUUGUCGAAAAUAGAAACAUAACAUAAUAACAUAUAGUCUUCGAUUAAACUUGAAAAUGAAUGAGAGAAAGGUUUGAAAUUUACUUAUAUGAUUCACAGGUGAAAGAGAAUAACCAAGCGUUACAUGAACUUACAUCAUAAUAGUUUAAAGUAUUGAUUUUUGCAUUUUUGUGCGUAAUAAAUUGUUUUGUUAUUAUAUUAUUGAUA